GUACAGAUCUCGGAGCCGAAACAUGAGGUUGUCCAUCACCUCCGUACCGACCAGACCAGAAAACAAAUGGGGAAUAAGACACAUCACUGGAGUAAUGGGCUUUUUUACGAUAGCCUUAGCAUACAUCCAAAGAUUCUGCCUCAGUUUAGCAAUCACCGAAAUGGUCAAUUAUCAUUCAGAGGGUGGCAAAAUUGAUGCACAAACAUGCCCUUUCGAGCAGAAUACUACUACAGAAAUAAAAUAUAGCGGAGAGUUCAACUGGGAUGAAGAAACUCAAGGCCUCAUUCUGAGUUCCUUUUUCUGGGGCUAUAUUAUAAAUCAUGUCCCGGGAGGUUUGAUGGCAGAGAGGUGGGGUGUAAAAUGGGUGCUCGGAGUCAGUAUAUUUGUAUCCUCGAGUUGUACUUUUAUUACACCACCAGUAUCCAGGACAUUUGGUUCAUGGGGGCUCAUUUUUCUCAGAAUUGUCAUCGGCCUUGGACAGGGUCCUGUUUACCCAGCAUUAAAUGUGCUAUUGUCAAAUUGGAGUUCAGCUAAUGAGAGAGGGAGAUUAGGAGCUAUUGUUUUUGCUGGAGCUUAUGUGGGCAACUUUAUUUCAAUGGCAAUAUCCGGGAUAAUCAUUUCCUUCUUGGGUUGGACUGGAGUGUUUUACAUUUUUGGAGGAAUAGGAAUUGUGUGGUUAAUCAUUUGGAUGAUGGCUUAUCACGACACACCAUUGGACCAUCCUUAUAUCAAAGAAGAUGAAAGAACUCAUAUAACCACAACAUCUGGAAAAACUUGCUACAAAGAUCUUCCAGGUACUCCAUGGAUUCCUAUGUUGACAUCUGUUCCACUUUGGGGAUUGGUCAUCGCUCAAUAUGGUCAUGACUGGGGCCUAUUUACUAUAAUUACAGACCUGCCGAAAUAUAUGAGAAGUGUUCUACAUGUCUCAGUCAAAGAAAAUGGAGCUAUUUCUGGUUUACCAUACCUGGGCAUGAUGCUUUUUUCAGUUAUAACUGGAUGGUUCGUUGAUUUGUUGAUUGUUAAAUUUAAAUGGAGUACAUCACUAGUGAGGAAGAUUUUUAUUACAAUAGCAUCAGUUGGGCCUGCUUUUGGAGUUGUAGCUGCUUCCUAUUCUGGAUGUGAUAUGAUUUCAGCUACAGUUUUCUUCGUCUUCGGAAUGACCAUUAUGGGUGCAUAUAUACCAGGUUUGAAAGUCAACGCGCUGGACCUUAGCCCGAAUUAUGCUGGAACUUUAAUGGCCUUGGUUGGAGGGAUAGGAGCCAUAUCUGGAAUCGUAACUCCAUACCUUACCGGAAUACUCACACCUAACAGCACCCUACUCGAAUGGAGGUUGGUAUUUUGGAUAUCUUUUGCUGUGAUCAUGGGUUCAAACAUGGCGUACCUCAUCAUGGGAACUGCUGAUACCCAAUGGUGGAACGACCCCGACCAAGUACGAAACUACAACAAUGGAAAAGAGAAGAAUAACGAGCAGGCAUCAUAAAUAUUACAAAUAAUUUAUUUCAUAUUUUGUUCGACUGUACAAGUGACACUCCACUUUGAUGAAUGGCAUAAGACGACACGAUCACACUAUAAAUGGAAUCCCGAGAAUGGCCGAGUCUGUCCAAAAGUAGACAGAAGUCAUCCAACCAUCUGGUAAGGUCUCUAUCUCAACUCAAAAGUAGGCUUUGGAGGUUUGUUUAAUUUAAAAAGAUUUAUAGUUCAAAUCCUGGUACUCGGUGGAAAUUUUAACUUAGCAUAACUUCCCCACCCUCUCCCCCGGACCGGGAAAAUCCCUGUGUAGCCUAAAAGGUAAUUAAGGGGAGAACACAAACUUAAAAGGCCAGCAAGGAAUCUGCCGAAGUCGUAAAUCGCAUUCUAAAUAAAGAGAGAUUAUAAUGUAAAUAAUUUAUCAAUCUUUGGCUAUUCCUGAAAUAUCAUUUAUAAUGUGAUCAUAGAAUCUUGGCCUCCUCAAAGUGGAGUAACACUUGUAUAAUGGUACCUUAUAUUUUAAGUAAUAUAAUAGAAUCUAUAUUUUAAUGCAUAUCCCAAGAAGUGGUCGGAUAUGUAUUAUUAGCAUAUACUUUUAUAUUAAUCGAGCUUGUAUAUAGUUUUGUUUUUAUCUUUGAGUGCUAUCACAUUAAUUUAGGUCUGAGAAAGUCUGGCGAGGUCGGCUAGUUGGCGAUCGCGGAGGGCCCCCAAGCUAAGGGACCUCGGAGCAAGCUCCGAAAUCAUGGUUCCAUAUUUUUCUAGUACCUCUAAAAAAAUUGUUUUGUACUCGUUUAUUUCAGCAAAUUUUUACGACCCCCCCGAUGGAUCCCCAACAUAAAUGUUUUAUACUUUUAUAUUGAACGAUACAUUUACUUUCCAUAUUUUAAGCCCAAUAGGUACUAUUUUUUUUUAUAAAAUUAAUAUCGAACCAAUUAUGAACUUAAAUUCUGAACCUAAAAGAAAAAAAAAGUUUAUUAAAUGCUUGGUAAUUCCGUAAAUGUUUGGAGUCACUCCAUAGAAUGAUUGAGAAGUUCUGUGUAAGGGCUCUGAAUGUCUUUAUUGUGUGUUUAUCUAGUACCGUUGUAUGUUUGGCCGCACAAAUAAUUGUUUUGUAAAUUCAGAUAAAUUUGUUAUGUACUUAAAAUAUUGGAAACCAUUUAUACAUAUAAUCCUAAUAAGGGGGGCCCACUUCAGACUAGCGGAUGGCCUCAGACCAGGCCGCGUAUUUACAAACACUAUACGGAUUCAGACACUCUGUCUGUGCUCAUCUAGGGUUUGUAAGGUCCCUGGGAGCUGGCCCAUUACAAACCCUAUACCGAUUCAGACAACUCAGCUCUGCUUGCCCCCUGGGGAACUUCAGUUGUUUAAAAUAAAUAAAUAAAAAAAAAAAGUAUCUAUAUCUAUAUAUAUAUAUAUAUAUAUAUAGCCGCGCUUAAAAGUUCCCUUUGAAUGGUUUUAACAAAGACAAACUGUAUUUGUAUUUGAAGGAAAUUGUGUCUAGUUUACUAUAAUGCAAUUUUUAAUUACCUGAAUUAAAAAAAUGUUUGUACUAUCACUUAUAUACAUCAAAUGAUUUUUUUUGGUGGAAAUUCUGUCUAGAAUCACGUCCAUAUCAUGUGUUGUUUUAAAUUGUUAACAAAUAAAAAUAAUAUUUUUAUAAUUAUUGCUAUUUAAAAUAUAUAAAUUAUUUUUUUUAAUGAUUCAUACUUAGCACUUACUAUUCAUCUUGUCUUUUGACAAUAUUUUAUGUCAGUAAAAAAAUAUUUAAAAUAAAAUUAAUUUUUUUUGUUUAAAUUAGAUAUUGUUUGCGUUCAGCAAUCUUUAUCUAUAAUUUUUUUUUCUAAGAAAAACACAAUAUUUUUAAUAAAAGGUGCUCAUUAUUAUUUUCCUAUUUAUUUUACUAUAAUCUUAGCCCUUAUUAUUUUUUUAAAUUAUUUACACUUAGCACUUAUUUCUGUUGCCUUUUGACAGUAUUGUUUGUCAGUAAUAAAUGAAUUGGAACAAAAUUAAUAAUUUUGUUUAUAUAUACAAAUAUAUAUGACCAUUUAUCAACAAUAAUAAUUAAUAUAUAAUAAUUUUAAACGACUAAAGUCCCCAGUGGGCAGACAGUGCUGAGGUGCCUGAAUCGGUAUAGGGUUUGUAAAAACACAACCGGGCCCGUUCUAGGUGUCGAUAGCUAUGGGACAGUUGCGACAGGUCCUCCCAAUGCUUGCAAUGGUUCCAAUCGUCCCCACCGAUACUUUUAAUACGUUCAUGUUCAUGUACGAGUAAAAAAUAACUUAUAAUUUAACACAUUUAUGUUAACCAAAGUAAUAUAAUACAUAUAAUAAGCUAGUAGUAUAUCUUUGUCUAUAAGAAAUUUCUUUUAAGCCGCGAUAGCACAUUACCUAAGCCAUGGUAACCACCAGAGUAUAAAUUUCCAUGACGUCAUAAGAUUUAGAAAAAGUUUUUUUUCUUUAAAAUGUCACAUACCAAUGUUUUCAGAAUUUUAAAUUGAGUGGAUGAUUCACGAAUACUAAGUUUUUCACAAACACUUAAAUUAAACUUUGGAUGGGGAUUAUACGAUCAUAAUAUUAAUAAAUCAUUCAAAAGUUUAUGGGAUCUAUAAUAUUUUCCGCUAUAGAGAAGUGUCCACCAAGAGAAGUUUCAGUUUAUAAUAUGGUUCCCGUCCCCUAUUCAUGUGAUCAAAACGGCCCCCAAGCAAAUUAGCUACUUUCAUUCAUAAUUAAAUAAUUGUCCAACUAAAAACAAAAGGUUCUACAUAAAUGUUUAUAAUGAUUUUUUUCUUUUAUUAGAAAUAAUAUGAAUUUUAAUGAAUUCAUCCGUUGAAGAAAUAACAUUAUGUGAAUGCAAUGCCUUAGACAAUUGAUGCUCUCCGGGAAAUGAAGUCAUCUCUACCAAAAAAUUUGAUUUAUUUCUUAAUUGAAUAAAUUCAUGUUAAGUAAUAUCUUAAAUUAAAAUUAAUUAUGCUUAUACACUAUGUAAUGUUUUUUAAUACCUUGUAAUGACACCGUCCAUGCCUGGAUUGCUAUGCCCUAAGGCCUGCAUUAUGCUAAUGCAUAAAAGAUGUAUAUAAAUGUAAAUAAUGUGCAUGGAUAUUUAAUUAGACUGAACAAUUGUACAAAUGUUUUAUUUACGUAGAGAUUGAAAUUUAUUUAUAUACAAAUUAAAUAUAUAUAAUAUUUUAUGUACUGUUUCAAAUAAAUUAUUUUAAAAAGUGUGUGGUGAAUUUAUCAUCACAAAAUAAGAAUUAAUUUAUAAUCAGUUCUGAAUUGAUAGGAAAGUCAUUCUUGGUCAUCUCAUAAAUAUAUUUAAAAACAAGUUCUAAAAGACGUAAUGGCUAUUAUUCCUUCCAAAAUUAUUAGACUUUCUCACCAUUGUCAUUCUAAUUGUAAUUACAAAUUAGCUCAUCAAGCCAGACCUAUAAACUUUUAACCCCUGCAUCUACCUUUAUAAAAUUAGACACCCCUAUGCUAUGUAUCCUUCAGAAAUUAUUAUAAUUUGUUCUCAGUUCAACUAGAGCCCUUCUCCGUGCCACUCUUCUUUCUGAUAUUUUUAUUUAGACAUUAGGUGUUUUAUUUUCUGUAAUUUAGUAAUUUAAAUGUUUUAUAUUAGUAAUAUUAUGACUGAAUAUUAUAGAAGAGAAAUCUCGAUAUUAUUAUUGCACUAAAACAUCGAUAAAAAAAAAAUUAAUGUCGGAUCCAAUACUGUAAUUUUUGUAUCCAAUCACAAGCCUGUUGUUUAUAAUAAUAAGUAUAAAGUUUAUAAUUAUUUUUCAUGAAUAAUAAUUGGUAUAAACAGAUUUACAUAAUAUAAUUAAAAUAGACAAACAAUAAAAAUGUAAAAAAUAUAUUUAUCUAAGUUUUGAAAUAUGCAAAGUUAAUUUGCAGCUAUUUUAUCAUCUUUCAUCCAGAAAAAGAAAAUGUGUACUUCAAAGAAUUGGGUAAAGCAUGGAAUGAACUCGGAUUUCAAGAAACCUUAGAUACCUUAGAAACCUUAGGA